GCACACAAAAAUCGCUCACACCUGAUUGGUUAAAAUCGCACUGCACAGAGGGCAUGCCAAAGCGUCAACAUGGCUGCUGUUAUUCUAGAUAACGGUGCUUAUACCGCUAAAGUGGGAUUUUCAACCGAUAACGAGUCAAGAGUUGUUGCCAACUAUAAAGCAAAAGCAAAAAAUGAAAGGAAAAGGGCGUUCAUAGCAAGCCAGCUGGAUGACUGCAAAGAUUAUUCAGGACUUUACUACCUCCUGCCAUUCCAGAAGGGUUUCUUGGUGAACUGGGAUGUGGAAAGAGAAGUAUGGGAUUUUAUCUUUGGAAAAGACUUAUUAAAUGUAAGUUUCAAAGAUACAGGUAUGGUCAUCACAGAGCCAUACUUCAACUUCGGGUCAAUUCAAGAGACAAUGAAUGAAAUCUUUUUUGAAGAGUACAAUUUCAAGUCACUGCUCAGGACCAAUGCCGGAACAUUGAGUGCCUUUAAAAAUCGACAAGAAGAUUUAAAGCGACUUUGUUGUCUUGUGGUUGACUCUGGCUAUUCUUUUACACAUGUGGCACCUUACUGUGGUGGCAAAAAGAUUGUCAAAGCUGUAUAUAGAAUUGAGGUUGGCGGCAAGAUGCUGACAAAUCAUCUGAAAGAAAUGAUCUCUUAUCGACAACUACAUGUGAUGGAUGAAACAUAUGUGAUGAAUCAGGUGAAAGAAGAUGUAUGCUAUGCCAGUCUAGAGCUCUAUAAGGACAUGGAAAUUGCUAGGAAGAAAGGCAAGGCAAACACGAAUAUGAGAGACUACGUGCUACCAGACUAUGCCCACAUAAAGAGAGGCUAUACAAAACCAGCAGACGAUGAGAGCAAAAUGGAAGGUCAUGAGCAGAUACUAAGAAUGAAUAAUGAGAGAUUUACCAUUCCGGAGAUUCUGUUUCACCCAUCAGACAUUGGUAUCCACCAGAUGGGUAUUCCUGAACUGAUUGUGCAAUCUAUACAGCAAUGCCCUGAAGAGAUGCAACCACACUUGUAUAUGAAUAUAGUUCUGACUGGAGGCAACAUGCUUUUCCCUGGUAUACAGGAAAGAGUGUAUAAGGAAGUAAGAGCACUUGCUCCGGAUUACUACAAAGUAAAUGUGCACUGUCCUGAAAAUGCCAUUACGUACGCAUGGACGGGUGGCAAGGCACUGGUCGGAGAGCAAAACACUUUCAAAAAGAUGUCUGUCACCAGGGAACAGUAUGAGGAGCAUGGUCAAAACAUUUGUAUCGAAACGUUUGACGUGUAACGCGAUGUAGCAAGCUGGCAUAGUCUACUAUUAGUAGUUGUCCAGUCGUAUGCAGCAAGAGGAAGGAUGGGUUUCGUUCCUGCGAUGUGAAACAACCCGUUGGAUGUCAUCUCAUGUGUCUAUUGGAGAUCUCCAAGUUCUCACUAAGGGUGAAGGGCAGAAGGCUGACAACUGCUCUAACUACGUGUGCCUUCUGGUUUUCUGAGUGAACACAGAAGUCUCGAGAAAAACGUCCUUGCUGCCAUUAUGCAUGUCGUUUUUGUUUGUGCCGUCAUCCGGUGCGUUUUCCUGCAUCAAAUCGCAUUGCUCAAUGUGUGUAUCAUGUUUACACAUGCCAAGUACUCAGUAAGUGAAACAACUAAGUAUAGGAUCUGCUGCAAUGCAUAAAUGACUAGAUAAUCAUAUAUGACCAAUUGUUAUGUUACCCAUUGUAUAUAUUGUAUGCUUUCGGUCUUUCCAAUGUGACUGUACCCAACGUUUUUACAACUGUCUCAUUUACAGCAGAUUGUAUAUUCAAAGUAGGUAUAUAUAAUGUAUAUAAAUAGAUGAAUACUUUUAAUACUUAUGUACUCUUACAUGUACUCUCUUGUGGUUUUGAAUAAUAGGGUCUCUAGUGAUUACGUAAAUAAAUAGGUCGGUCCAGCCACAGCAUUACA